AUGGAAGGAGGAGGAGAGGCAGUGGCAGUGGCAGUGGCAGAGCUGGAGAGGAUCCAAACCCAAAUUCUCCGCCGCAUAUCAGAGCUAGAGCUCUCCCUCCAUUUGCCCCCCUCCGCCGCCACGAUUUCCGACGCCGAGAGCGACACCGAAGCCCGCCUCUCCUCCAUUCUCCGGAAUCACGGCAUUAACGAUUUCGCAUUGAAGAAUGUUCCGUCCGAUUACUACGACUGGCCUCUCGAGGAUCGCCGCCGCGCUCUCGGUGCCGCCUCCGUCGAUCAUCUCUGCAAAAGCAUUGUUCUGGUGAAUACACAAGCCCAAUCCAAUGUUACUGAUUGUAGUGAUCACAACAAUUCAAAGUAUUAUGUUGUUGUCGUCCAGUACACCGCUCGAUUUAAUGCUGAAACUGUUAAAAACUUCCUGUAUUCACUCAAUGAUGGCAAGAUAGCAAAAAAGAAAUUCAACUUGAGGCUUGCACCUGAGGAGACUUCAAUCAAGCUGACUGGAUACGAGCACAAUGCAGUGACAUGUAUUGGCAUGAAGACAGACAUACCGGUGAUUUUGGAUGAAGCGAUUGUGAAGCUUAACCCCAACUUCUUCUGGCUGGGCGGCGGUGAGGUUGAUCUGAAGCUGGGCAUUAGGACCUCCGACUUUAUCAACUUUGUUAAACCUUUCAUUGUCAGCUGUAGUGGUACUUGAUUACCCAGAAAACCCACCAAGACUUGAUUGCAGAAUUCAAUAUCUAACAAUAUCGCCCUAAAGAAGCCAGGAAAAUUGCCUAUAUCACAUAAGUUUUGUGCCAGGAGAACAUUUUUCCUUAUUAGAACUAGGAAUUCAUUCUUUCAAGUUUUCAGUAGUCACAAAAUACUGAAAAUUUUGUACUUGUUUUUUUGGUUAUAGCUGAUAGCUAGGAUGAGAGAUUGUCAUAUUUUGUAUUUUUUUAUUGAUAACUUCAAAUGGGAUGAAUGGCCCACGUCAGAAAAUGUGUGUUUAGGCCAUGUCUCAUAUUGUUUCCAUGGACAAGAUUGGCGAAGGUGACACAUGAAUCUUAGACUAUACCACUAUGCAUCAAUUUGCGCCAUUUGUUUUUGGUAGGAGAUCUCUCAAAAAUCUCUCGUCUCUCUCCCCAUGUUUUCAAGUCAUGUCCCUACCAUGAGUUAGGACAAGAC